AUGAAGAGCCAAUCAUUUCACAGCUCCCACGCCACCACUCUCCAAACCCAAAAGAAAGAAAGAAAGAUCCCAAUCCAAUCCAAUCCAAAAAAAUAAUCUUUGAUCCGACAACAUCAACAUGAGCCAAGAAGAGAAAAACAAAGGAGUCCCAGUUCCAGCUGAACACCACCACAUCCAGCAUCAACAAAAUGACCCUCCUCCUCAGUAUGGCACCUUCCAAGGUGUUGCCAACUAUCCUCCACCGCUUCCACCGCAGCACCAGCAUCAGCAUGAGCCUGUGAUCGGCUUGCCUCAGCCUGCUCCUCCUCCCGGCGCCACCUACCCCUCAGCUCCUCCUCCUCCUCCUCCUCCUCAGUACUAUGCUCAGGGCUAUCAAGCCGUUCCAGGUUAUGCAGUUGCUGAGGGAAGGCCAGUGACAGUGAGAGAGCGUCGUCUUCCUUGCUGUGGACUUGGUGUUGGCUGGUUCCUGUUUAUUAUUGGUUUCUUCCUUGCUGCCAUCCCCUGGUAUGUUGGGGCACUUGUUCUACUCUGUUCCAGAAUUGAUUACAGAGAGAAACCAGGACUUAUUGCUUGCACAGUUGCUGCAAUUAUUGGUACCAUUGUUAUAAUUCUUGGUGCGACAAAGGGAGCUGAUGAUUGGUGAUCUUCCAAGAGUUAUGUAUGGAGCAAAUCGAAGUAUAUGCUUGCUGCACUUCCCUGAAAAUUUAUUUUGAGCCUGGCAUGGAUAGAAGAUUUAGUUUGAAAAUUGUGAAAAUAAAAAAUUGAUAGCUCCCUCAAUGUUUUACGUUAUGAGCCCAGAGGUGUCUUAACUUAGUUGCAAGGCAUAGGCAUCAUGAGUUGAAAACCAUGGGUUCAAUCUUAUGGUCAGAAACAAAACAGGAAAAAUGGUUAAUGUUAUGUAUUUGUAGUGUUUUGACCAUGAUCAGCUGCGCUUUAAAUUUUUACAAUAUAUUUAUUUCUGUUUGUGGCAUUUUUGAGAAAGAAGUGUUCAACUAUAGACCUGAAAUUCUAGAAACUUGAAUGUAUCUACUAUAUUUUGUUA